UUAUAAUUUUAUAGCAAGCUGUAAAUAAAAUAAAGUUGUUUAAAACUUAGUUUCUUGAAUCAUGAUAAGCUGUGCACUCUGUCUUGUAUUCCUAUUUCAGGGAACCUCAUCAAAAAUAUUCAUAAUUGAAACAGAAGAUGCAUCUCUUACACCCUCUUCAAUUCCGAAAAAUAAAUCAGUAGUCUUCACUAAACCCUCAGGGGAUGGCCAAGACUACAUGGACCUAGUAGAGGAAGAUGAAAAAGGGCAGGCUUGUUUUGGAGAUAUGGGUACAACAGACUUUAGAUUUUCUACAUGGAUAGAAAAAGUAACACCUUGUGCUAACGUUAGAAUUCUCCUGGGCGAGAAGUCAUUUCUUGUGACAAAAGGCAAAGAUGAGACAUCUCCUGUGAAGAUCAAUGGAUAUACUGUGUCAGUUGAAGAAUAUCAACAAGCAUUGGCUGGAGAAAUAAUUGAUCUAAAGAAUGAUAAUGGAGAUUCUGUUGAGCUAAAACUUACUGCUGGAACUAUUACCCUCGACGGAGAUCCUAUUACCAAUGUGGAGCAAUCAGUAAAAAGUGCAAUGCCAUUUGUUCUUUAGAAAAUUGUGUAAAUGAUGUCAAGUAAAUAAAAAUUCAAUUUUGA